AUAGCUGUUGAUGUAUCAUAUGGAGCUGUCUACUGUUUUUCCUGCAGUGAUUAUGUAUACGACAAAGAAUUAGAAGCUAUAGCUCGUAAACAAAGGAGAAGAGCUGCAAGAUUACUAGACAUGUUUUCAGGCAUGAAAGAACAGUAUUAUCCUUGGGAACCCAGCAGUUUUGAAAUGGAUUUAUUAAGAAGGAAUCCACGUCGAAAAAGAAUUACUGAUAAUUCUUAUAUAGGCCUACGUGGAUUGAUAAAUUUAGGAAACACUUGUUUUAUGAAUUGUAUUGUCCAAGCUCUGACGCACACCCCUCUUCUUCGAGAUUACUUUCUUGCUGAUCGCCAUGUCUGCCAGUUCCAAGAUGAUCCUUCCAUGUGCCUGGUGUGUGAAAUGUCCAGGCUCUUCCAAGAGUUUUAUUCAGGGAAAAGCACUCCUCACAUUCCAUACCGAUUACUCCAUCUUGUAUGGACACAUGCCAGGCAUCUAGCUGGUUAUGAACAACAAGAUGCUCAUGAAUUUUUUAUAGCUACAUUAGAUGUAUUGCAUCGGCAUUGUAAAGGAACCAAUGGUUUAUCAAGUAGUAAUCCUCAUCAUUGUAACUGUAUUAUUGAUCAAAUAUUUACUGGAGGACUUCAGUCUGAUGUUAUAUGCCAAGCUUGCAAAGCAGUGUCUACAACAAUAGAUCCAUUUUGGGAUAUUUCACUAGAUCUUGGGCCAAACACUCAUCUUCAAGCUUCAAGUUCAACUGAAAAUACAUCAGAAUGUGGAAUUGGAGAUGGACAAGAAGAUGCUGAGCCAUCAUCAUUAAUAGAUUGUUUAGAAAGGUUUACAAGACCAGAACAUUUAGGAAGUUCUGCUAAAAUAAAAUGCAGUAGCUGUCAAAGUUAUCAGGAAUCAACAAAGCAACUUACAAUGAAAAAGCUCCCUGUUGUUGCUAGUUUUCAUCUCAAACGAUUUGAACACUCCAGUCGUUUCCACAAAAAGAUUUCAAGCUUUAUUUCCUUUCCCCAGUGCCUAGACAUGACUCCUUUUAUGUCAUCUUAUCGUAGCAAAACAAAUAGUUCUGGCAGUGCAGAUAAGGGAUUUAACAGUAAUAUAAGUAAUAAUGAUAACAAUCAAGUUUAUUCUGAUGAUAUUGUUACAAAUUCCUCAUUUGCUGUUGACAUUACCAGUGCAAAUCACUCGAAU